UUAGACGUUGAGAACGGGUUCACCUUUUCUCUGUUAAAAUCGAUUCGAAAGCCUUUUAUUUCAGAUAUAUUUCGUAUCUGUGUGUUCUAUUCAAAUUAAUAGCGAUCAGUUCGUUUGAUAAUCAAUCGGUCGGUAGGAUGUUCCAAAUGGAUAUUUACGGUCCCAGUUACAAAUUAUUGCAGCUUUUUACAUAUUUCUUCAUUUGUCAUUUAGCAGCAGUUGCAAAGUGUGAAUAUGGCAGAUUUGACAAUAUAAUAUUAUCGGGUACAUAUUCAAAUCCAUCUAAAGCGUUGGUCGGAGCCUCAGACAUAAGUGGUGUACGCCCACAAAGCCGUGCCGCAUAUACACACCGUGGGGAUCCUCUUCGUUCGUACUAUGAUGCUGGUACCGAAUGCACUGUGGGUACUGAAUGCACGCCAUUGCAUGACUGUACGGCAAUGAUAUAUGAAGUGGCUAAAAUGUGUUAUUAUGGCGAUAAAUCCCUUUUUUGCGGUGGUGGCGAGGAAAUGCCAUACGUGUGUUGUCCAAGUAGUCCACUUGAAAAAAAUCAAGUUUGUGGAAAAUCAUUAGUUCAGGGACACUUUUAUAAGGGUUUGGGCACUUACCCGUUUGUGGCACGUGUCGGAUUCAAACACGUAAACACUGGAGCAUUUGCUUAUCCCUGUGCUGGUUCAGUAAUAGCCCGGCGAGUAAUUUUAACCGCUGCACACUGUGCGUUAGCGAAAGCAGAAGGACAUCGCUUGUCAUCUGUUCGUGUGGGUGAAUAUGAUACUUCGUCCGAUCCGGACUGCGCCAGUACAGGCUUUUGCGCACCACGCUCCGUUAAUCAUGCCAUUAGUCACGUUAUUGUACAUCCAGAUUAUAAACAAGGGCAGUACCAUCAUGAUAUUGCUUUGCUAGUACUUAAAACACCACUUAAUUACUCAGUUGCGACGCAGCCGAUUUGUUUGCAAAAGACCCGUACCAAUUUGGUUGUUGGCAAGCGGGCAACGAUCGCAGGUUGGGGAAAAAUGUCGACAUCUAGUGCCCGACAACCUGAAAUGUCCCAUUUGGAUGUACCACUAACCAGUUGGGACUUAUGCAUGCGCAAUUAUGGGUCAACUGGUGCAUUAGAAUCGCCGAAUUCUAUUGAGGGUCAGUGGAUGUGCGCUGGCGGUGAAGGUAAAGAUGUUUGCCAAGGAUUUGGUGGUGCGCCAUUAUUUAUACAGGAGAAUGGCAUUUUUUCGCAAAUCGGUAUAAUGUCGUUUGGUUCUGACAACUGUGGUGGUUUGCGUAUACCAAGCGUUUACACAUCUGUGGCUCAUUUCGCAGAAUGGAUACAUGAUAACACACCUCCGGAAUAAAUAUUUCAUACAGUUUGAAACCACAAAAUAAAACUGAUAUCGAGCAGAAAUCAUGAUUGUGAUUAAGGAGAAAAUGUGAAAUUCUUAAUUUUCACUAUUAAUUUUAUAUUAAGCCAUUUUUUAUAAUAUUUAUU